GUCCCCACACAUUUUUUCAUCAGCAAAAUGGCCGUCUAGUUUGUGAGUAAAGUUGCUCGAGCUAUUUUCGUGUUCUACAAUGGAGAAAUUAAGUGAAAGUGUCGAAAAAGUGUACAAAUCGGAAUCCAAGAAUCUGUUCUGUGUGAAGAGUGGCAAGAAAGCGCGCAAAUUGUACUGCAAAGGCGUGAAAAGUGUGAAGCAAUUCCACCCAAAUCAUUGCAAUACUGGUGACAAUUGUAGAAAAAACAAUUUCAUACUGAACACUCAAGGACAGCGAAUUCUGCUCAAUAGAAUGCGAAUUAAUAUUUUCUCGUUGGGUAUGAUGAGCCACACGACGAGAUGGCUUGAUUAAGUGGCGAAAUGUGUUGGAAUAGAGAGACUUUUUGGAUUGCAUUUCGAAGCAAAUCAAUCCAGUAGAAGUGUGCGUGGAAAGAGCCAAGGAAAAACAUAAUAUCCCCAGAGUGAAGACAAUGGAGAACAAAUUUAGCAGGAAUUACUUCUCAUCCCCCUGCGGACCGCAGUACCAACACAGAAGAAGCAGCUCCACGAUGUGUGGCUACAGCAACAGCAGCAGCAACGGCGACAUGGAGAACCUGUUCAGGAGCCCAGAAGCAUCGCCAGAGUCCAUUUUGUUCGACUUGCUGGGCGUGAGGAAGCAAGCUGAGCCACCGACCACGAGGGAGAGUCGCAUUUCCAACAUAAAGGCCGCCUGUGUGCCCUUCUUCAACAGCAUUCGGGACUUUAUCCGGAAGAACCUGGCCACCCCUUCGGCCGCCCCCAAACAAGACUGCCCCACAGACUUCAGCAACUCCUCGGUGUACAUGGGCCUCGUCACGGCCCUGCCGCCCAAGACAGGGGAUCAGGGUGCCCCCGAGGCAGAUCUGGUGGAUCUGACCCACUUUACCGUGAUCCAGAAGCAUCACCUUAUUUUGCCGCCAAAGCCAGACAAGCCAAUAGAAAUGACUGACACGGGAGACAAAGGCGAGAAGGCCACCAAGAGCGACCUCAAUAGUGGGGUGAAGGUGCCCACGCGGCGCCAGCGGGAAAAGAAGACUUGCCAGAAUACUCAGAGACAGCGGAAAGGGAAGCACGCGAGGGAGAAGAUGCGGAAAAACGUGAUUUGGGACAUGCGAGACGAUCUGUGCAGCGAAGAGGAUGCGGAGGAGGAGUUCGAGGAUGUCCUAUCGCAGGAGAUCUCCUCGUCCAUUGAGGAGAGCAACUCAUCCUUAUCUCCGCAUACCUCGAACUACGAGAGUGACUUUAUUGCGUCGAUUCCCUCCUCGCAACCAUGCAAAGUCUCUCCAUGCGCCUUCGUGAAGAGCCUUAUGGACAUCCCCUUCUCGCCCAAGAUGCGUGCAUUGGCCAGGAAGUCGUCCACAGACUACGACAGUGACGACAGCUUCAUCGUCUUUGGCACACCGGACAGCACAUCGCCUGCCUGUGAUCGAGUGCCCAGAUUGAGGGCCUGCGACCGACGUCGGAGGCUCUCUGAGGAUAGCGACGACAGCUUUGUCAUCUUCGUGGACGAGAAAAAGUGCCUGGACGACUCUGAGAGCGACUGCGACGACACAGUUUCGGAGACGUCUGACAGCGACGACGAGAGCGAAGAGUAUCCAGUUCAGCUGGAUUCUGGUUUCGAGGAGAGAAAGGUCCGCUUCAAUCUAAAACCGGAAGUUCAUGUGAUCCGCGCGUGGGACUUUGCCUACCGGAGAGCCAGGAAAGGUCACUGGGAGCAAGUGGCGCGCGAUCGGGAUCGCUUUGAGAAGCGCAUCUUGAGUCUGAGCAGCGUGCUGAGUCCAGUUCUGGACAAGAGUCAUCGCGAGAAGAUCUUCGCGGGGCGCUUUGGGGGCGGCGAUUAGGCGAGAAUGGGAAGAAGCAGAGAAGAAGGAAAUGAGGACAGGUGCAACACGCAUUGAGGUCUGUGUUUGCACGACAAAAGAAUCACAAGAUAGUGGAUAUUAUGUUGUUUCUUUGAAAUUACCACUUGUUUAGGUGUAAAUUUAGGUGUAAGUGUAAAUAAACAUUAAGUGAAAUAGAGCUAAUAUAACGCA